AUGGCUUCCACUCAGCAGGGUAAUCGACAACGACGACGACGAAAGCCACGAUGCAGGAGCAGGAGAAACAAUGAAUCCCAAUCCGACGCUUCACCAGCGGGCCCCUGGGCAGAAGACCCAUGGACAACGGAUACUUGGGCAACAGAGCCAUUGGCAAGCGAUUCGUGUACAAGCGAGUGGGACGCGCAGACAACAAAUUCUGCCACAGAAACAGCCACAACUGGCUCUGCCAAGCCUCCAAUGACUCCUGAACGGACCAACCCUCCAACCUUAAGAGCCGACACCCGUCCAAAUUCACCUCCGCAAGAGCCUCAGAUCCUAGUUAAACGUCUGGUGUCAAAGUGUCAUCCAGCCAGCAUUCUUCUCACGCACCAUUUCACCAUUCCAUCCAAUGGAACUGUGGAACGGAGGGGCAAAACGACCGAGAAGUCUAUACCGGCCGAAGAAUUUUCAACCCUGCCUAUUCCCUCUCCAAUGACAACCGAGGCAAAGAGGAAAGCCAUCGUCAUGGACUGUGAAAUGGUAGAAGCUCAUGGGGGCAGACUACAGCUCGCCUUCCUGGCCGCAAUUGACUUCCUCACCGGUGAGACUCUCAUCGACCACCACGUGCAGCCAAGGGAACCAGUCGUUCACUGGAACACCCAAUACAGCGGCGUUAGUCAGAGAACCAUGGACAUGGCCAUGAAGUUGGGCAGACUGCUCGAUUGGGAAGAGGCAAGAGAUCGGCUGCGCAGCUUGGCCGAUACGGACACCGUGCUCAUUGGGCACGCCCUCUUCAAUGAUCUGCACGUUCUCCGUUUUGCUCAUCUCAGGAUUGUCGAUUCGUCAGUUUUGGCUUGUAGCGCGGUGUUCCCUGAUCAAGCCCCCGAAAAGUCUGUCCCGCGCUCCUGGAGCCUGAAGUGCCUGGCGAAAGAGCUCCUUGGAUAUCGCAUCCAAGGCGGCAGGUCAGGCCACAGUGCCAUGGAGGAUUCACGGGCAACCCGGGAUCUGGUCAUGUUCUGUCUCGAGGAGCCAGAGAAGCUCCGACAAUGGGCUGUAGCGGCUCGUGAGGUGGAGGACAAGCUCGUGGCUAAGCGAGAGCGAAGUCGAGAGCGGGCCAAGGCUGCCCGGGAGAAGAUGGAAAAGGAGGCGAGGGAACACACCGCUCGGAAAGAGGCGGCCGGCCGACAAGAUCCUUGGGGGGGCUGGGGGUAG